AUGUUUAAACUAAUACCUUUUCUAUUGUCUUUGGUUUUGGUAGUCAGUUAUAUAAAAGCUAGUCCCAUAUUACCUCAAUUAGAUGAGGAUGAAGACACUGUGGAAAUUUCGGCCAAUACUUUGGACCUACCGCCUCCUCAGCAGAACUCAAAGGAUGUAAUUGAUUUGAGUUUUUAUGGAAUGGCAAUGUUCGGAAAACCAGAUCAUAAGGAUACAGCUGAGCUGGUGGCCAAUUAUAAAACUGCGAAUGCUACAGUAAAUCCCGAAGAGUUGGGUUCAUAUUUGGAGGGUGAUAUUCUUGUGCCCACCGAUGGAGUAACAACCAAAAAUGGUUUGACCACACAAAGUUCACGCUGGCCAAACGCCGUUGUACCAUAUGAAAUCCGAGGUAAUUUCAAUGCUCAAGAUAUGGCGAUCAUAGAACAUGCCAUUGCUGAAUAUCAUCGCCGUACGUGUAUACGAUUUGUUCGACGCACCUCGGAACAGGAUUACAUAUCUAUUGUGAGUGGUAAUUCCGGUUGUUGGUCUUCGGUGGGACGUGUUGGUGGUAAACAGGAAGUUAAUUUGCAAUCACCUGGAUGUUUGACUAAACCAGGGACGACCAUGCACGAAUUAAUGCAUGCCUUGGGAUUUUUGCAUGAACAGAAUCGUGAAGAACGCGAUGCAUUUGUAUCGAUACAAUAUGAAAACAUCCAACCAAGUGCUGCAUCGAAUUUCGAAAGAGCUAGUCACACAAUGGCUUUUGGUGUUCCCUACGAUUAUGGCAGUGUUAUGCAUUAUUCAUCAAAUGCUUUCUCCACGAAUGGUCAACCCACAAUAAUAGCAACGAAACCCAUGGGUGGAGCAAAAAUGGGCCAACGUGAUGGAUUUUCUGAUAUGGAUAUUGAAAAACUUAAUCGCAUGUAUGACUGCCCGUCCUCCUCUGGCUCAGUUGCGGCUGGAACAGGUGGUGGCCAAGCUUCCACUGCUGGUAAUGCAGCCAUCGAUAAUGCCCUAAUCAAUAGCUUUGUAAGUGGCAUUAUGACCGGUUUGGGCUUCGGAGAUAAUUCAGUGGUUUGAGUCAGUGCGAAAUAUGAAAACAAAAAAAUUAAAGACCUG